UUAGACUAGAAUACCGAAACAAGUCAUGAUUAUUAAUGUUGAUCAAUUACAAUACGUAACACAGACAAUAAUACUUACUUUACAAAAUACAGUUAUUGGAAUUGGAAUUGUACUUUGUAAGGCGUGUGGUAUAUUUUAAAACAACCGACAGCCUCGGUAAAUGUCAAAAGUUGAAGUUUUACUUUUGUGUGGAGUUGAGCAGCAGUCGGCGAAGAAUGAUGUUGACAACUGCCAGUCGUUGCCCUCUUAUGUUUUCCACUUGGCUUACUGCACGUCCCUUCUCGCGACGACUUCGGCCGUCUGUUGGUGCCCCGGAAUGUGGAGUUUCAAGUGACAAUCCCAGCAGAAAAUGCUUCGGGAAACGCUUAAAUGUUCCACCAAGCGCCGAGUUUGUUGCGAGAGUGUCCGGAAUCCCCACAAUGGCCAAACUGCCUUUCCAGGACACCGUGGACGGCCUGGAUGCAGCCUUCAUUGGCGUUCCGAUUGAUACAGGGACCUCCAACCGACCCGGGGCCAGGUUUGGUCCCCGGCAGAUCCGAGUGGAAUCAGCCUUGCUGAGGGCUUAUAACAGUGGCACCAGGGCUGCUCCCUUUGAGUCUCUGGUGGUGGCUGACAUUGGGGAUGUAAAUGUGAAUAUGUACGACCUGAAGGACACAUGCAGACGCAUCAGGGAGGCCUAUAGAAAGAUCGUGGCCUUUGGCUGCAUUCCUCUGACUAUGGGUGGGGAUCACACAAUUACAUUUCCAAUCUUGCAAGCCGUUGCUGAGAAGUAUGGCCCAGUGGGGCUGAUCCAUGUGGAUGCUCACUCUGACACAAGCAAUGUGGUCUUGGGGGAAAAGAUAGGCCAUGGGACCCCGUUCAGGCGAUGUGUGGAGGAGGGCCUGCUGGACUGCAAGCGAGUGGUACAGAUCGGCCUGCGAGGUUCGGGCUACUCCGCUGAUUCGUACGAGUGGAGUCGGGCACAGGGGUUUCGGGUGGUACAAGCAGAGGAAUGCUGGUUCAAAUCACUGGCACCUCUCAUGGCUGAAAUCAGGGGUCAGGUAAGCAAUGGCCCCGUGUACCUCAGUUUUGACAUUGAUGCUCUGGACCCGGGCUUUGCCCCUGGAACAGGCACACCGGAGAUUGCUGGGCUCACUCCCAUACAGGGUGUGGAGAUCAUUCGCGGCUGCCGUGGACUAAGCCUUGUUGGAUGUGAUCUGGUUGAGGUGUCUCCGCCCUAUGAUACAACAGGAAACACUGCCCUGACCGGCGCCAACCUCCUCUUUGAAAUGUUGUGUGUCCUCCCAAAUGUGAAAUACUACUGAUCCUCAGUAACCCAAGCGCCUUUUUGGCAUGGUCAAGAUUUUUUGUACAUUUUGUACGAACAAGGUUUCAUGUACCAUACAAGGGGGGUGUCACAUGAGGAUGCAAUUAAAACACACACCUGUUGGAAAACUUCUACCAAAAGACUUAUGUAACAGCUGGGCCAACACACACAAAGUCUGCGAUUCACUACACUGUGUGGAUUUAUUUACUUUGGUCACUGUUGUCUGAUGGAUAUAAACUGGAGUUGAACAAAAUAUGCGUACGCCACUUCCAUUAUUUCACUUCGUUCAAAAUCCCAUUCGAUUUUAAUUGAAAUGAAUUUACUUGACAAACUCCUGAGUCCUUCUGUUCUAAAGUGUGUCCAGCUGAAAAGAGCGUGGACCGCCACAGAAAGCAGAAGCAUUUUAUGUAACUUGGCUGAUCUCUUGCUCAUUUAUCACAGCUGCUUCCUGCAGCUGUAGAGUCCUGCUCAAGUUGAACCCCAUCGCUGCAUACGCGGUGCUCGCUGAUGUUGAAGCACAGAACUGUAGCAGUGACGUCUUCCAUCCAUUACCUUAGGAUUGAGUGGGAAAUAAAACCAGAAUGCAUCAAAGCUGGGCAACAUGUUGAACCAUGCCAGACUGUGUGGAGCCUUGCAUGGUUUGAAGGUGUGAAUGUGACUUGUUGUUUGUGCAAGAUUCCAGCAAAUAUGUCUUUGUGGGAGUUGACAACACACCCUUAGAUGAAGACUCUUCGGACCUGAUCUACGAAGAUCCCAAAUAAAGAGCGUGGGCCUGUUGCGGGUGAUCCACUAUGAUUGCAUGCAUCAUUUUUAACAGGUGCAAAAGUGGACCGGACUGCCCUAAUUAAAUUAAGAUUGUUCGUGCUGUGUCGGCUGUCACAACGGUGAGUUUGGUAGAGCAGAGU